CAGACCACUACCCACAACACAAAUCACAAAAUGACGCCGCCGGUCACUACGUAACUCCAAAAACAUUCACAAUAAACCCGCAAAAGUGAAAAGUAAUCAACAGUUCGUUACUAUCCAAGUACGUAUAUUGUUUUAAACGUGCUGUACGCGAAUAGACAUCCACGCACGCGUGGUUCUGUGUCAAAACAAACCAGUGCUUUUGCGAUGUAAACAUGAGCGAACGUAAGAUCCUGCUUUUUAUUCUGUCCGUGAUCGUUUACAGUAUAUACAGUGUUCAAAUGUGGUUUAUGAAGCAGAAUGUUAAUGCUGAUAUUGCGACUGAGAAGAUACCGGAGCCCGCUGUCAAGGUAGAACCGAAUGAGAUAUUUUUUGAGAAACCACUCCAUGUAAAACAAGUGAGAGCUAAGCCCAUUCCAUUGUUUAUUAAAAAUAAAUGCAGCGUCUUAGAAGUGUUCACGCAGCAGCCCUCACUGAAUCGCAGACAUAGACGGGAAGCAUUAAGCGCAGAUAAUAACACGAUAACCGUCAUAGGAAUCACUGUAUUCCUCCUAAUACUACUACUGAACGCGAUACUCGAUGUCCUCAAGGUCAAAGAAGAGGAAAGGGCGCGCAGAAAGCUAAACCCAGACGGAGAAAGGAGGCAAUCGUUAGCGGAAUUCGCGAACAAGAAAACACUGCGACGAGAAUCGAGCAAAUUCGGUCUUCAGCUGUUUCAGAUUGCUGAAUCGUUUGUUAAUAAUGAUGAGGAGGAAAAGAAGAACAAUCGUCAGAGCAGGCCUUAUAAACGUGGAGAUUCUACUAACUCGUACCUGAGUGAGCCUCACAGGAAGUCGCAGGAAGGUUCAGCGCCGGCUUCUAUAGCCGAGACACCAGCGGGAGAUCCCAGGCUUGUGAAGCGGCAGUCAGUUGCCAAACUCUUUGGAGCUCGUCCUGUGCCGAUGGUUCGUCGCUCAUCAUUCCCCGCUCUUCCCCUCAAUCCUGAAGUUCAAGCUUUGAUGUUGGGGCAUCGACAGACAUCAGUAGACAGUGACGAUGAAGGAGAUGGAAAAGGACGGCGUGUAAGGAUCAUUCGCAGGUUUUAAACUCUGGACGGUGACUGAAUGGAAUUCAAUUGUUUUUGGGAGGUUAUUGACGCGGCGUUUAAAUUCGUUAUAUUACAUCAGAUGAUGUGAAGAAAUUAGUAAUUUGUUUGUUUGAUAGUGCUUGGGUUCCGUCAUACUUUAUACUGCAAAAUAAUAAUUUGGUUAUGACGUACCAAUGGGCAAACGCUGCCGUUUCUAUCUCUGUACUAUAGCUCUCAAAGCAAGGUUAAUAGAAAACUCUUUAAUGUAUGGAAAUGACAUUCCAUUUCAAUAAUUCACAUAGUAGAAGAUCAUUUUCAUACAUUCCAGCGUUUCCGAAGAUAACGAUUGACGAAGUAUCGUUUGGCCAAGGAGGUUGUAAUGUGGUUGUAGUGAGAGCAAGAUGGCCGCAGUAAAUUGCCUAUACCUCUCGCUUACACAAUGGCAAAAACUCUUGUUUUAAGAGCUCUUGGUUCAUAUAAAGAAGAAAUUAUUCUUCAAUCGCUCAGCGUCUGAAAAUCAAGAACUGUCUAGUCCUUUGCCUUAUUUAUUUUAUGGGUACCUUGUAUAGGUAUUAUUAUGUACUUAUUGAAGUCGUAUUUUUCGUAUAUUUGAAUGUAUUGUCACAAAGACAAUAAUAUUUCCUUUAGAUAUUUACCAAAGAUUGAAUAUAGGUUGAUGAUGAGUAUACCGUAGGACGCAGGAAAUUUUCAAAUUAACAUAUUACUUAAAAAGGUCUUCUAUGUAAUCAAACGUCAUUAUAUACACAUAUGAUUAGUUAUAUUAAUUAAUAAAUGUAAUCAAAAUAUAUCUGCACGAAAUAUAUCAAAUUAAAAUUUAUCAAAAUUUGUUAAUAAUGUGAUAAGUAUUUGGCAAAACAAUGAAAAUUUACUACGAAAUUAAAACUAUUUCUUAGGUAAUUUGAAAUAUACACAUUAUAAUAAUCAUAAUUUAAAAUUGUACGUAGAAAACUGAGGCUUACUCAAUAUCUAGUCACGAUAUUCCAAAAAGUAUGAAAUGAUACCAAAUGAUGACUGAGUGAAUGAUUUUUACAAUUUUCUAUAACUAUGCGUUGGAUAUUUUUGAAUCUGUACACCCUCCUUCAAAUUACUGUACCUUUUAGGAAUUAUAAUAGUUUUAUUAUUCCGAUAAAUGAUACUCUCAAACUAAGAAGAGAAUUGUAAGAGGAUCUGACACCUAUGAAGCGAGACAGCACACAACACAGCGUAGACCGCUAUCCCACUUACACGUCAGCAACAGUUCUGCGCUAAAAGUUGUGGUAGAGACCUCAUGUAUUGCCAGCAAAAUAGAUUUUCCUAAAACAUUUUACUUUCGUGAUACCUCAUACAUGAGUACUAUUUGUAAUUCAUCGAAAGAACUACUAUCUUCUACCUCUUUUAAUGUUACAUAUUAAUAAACUUUGAUUAUUGAAAGUAUUUAUUGUAAAAUAUGCUAAGUUUCAUAAAUUAAACCUAUGGAAGUUUUAUUAUAUCAAUAAUGAAAUACAAAAAAAGUCUUGGAAAAUUAUCAUUAAUGCACCAUAAGACGCUAUAUAUUUUAAGUUGUAGGCUUUAAAAAUGUUUGUGGAAAUACGAAAUAUAAUAUGAACCUGCGGAUUAGUACGAGCUUAAAAGAAUAUAGUGAGAAAUGUACCAAAAAGAUUGUAUGUAGAAACAACAGGAAGAAAAUGAAAGCAUGUGGCAAAAUGUAAGCUAUGUUUACAGAUCGGACAUGGUAACCUGUAGUCCAAAUUCUCUAUCUAGAAAUUAAAAUUAUUAAGAACACAUUAUUUAUCAAGUAUUCGAUUUUCAUUCAAAUUAUUUAUCUAUAGUGAAUACCUACGAAAGCUUAAAUAAGUAAAAUAAAGAACCCUCUUUUAAGUCCAAUUUAUCCUUCUUAUAUCAAAAAAUCACAAUUUUCAUGUAGAGAGCCAAAUUAAACCAAGUUUUGAUGUAAAGAAUUUUAAAUCUUAGAUCUUCUAUUCCAAUGUUUAUAUAUUUUUGACCCAUGAUUUCAAUUUCGCCUUGAAACUUGCUUUAUAAACCUGAACUGAUGUGAUUUAUCCUAAUUACUUCGAAGUCUGAUCUAUUUGUAGUGAAUGUGUGAUACUUAUGUAUGUAACUGGCCACUGUGUGACCUGACGUUUUGUAUGGCACCUUUAAUAUAAGGUUAUCUGAUGUAGAAUUUUCUGAAAUACAUUAAUAUCACUGUA